AUGGUCAAUGGCGAACGCGUCAUGGUCAUGAGCGGAGAAUUUCACUACGCGCGCCUCCCCGUUCCUGAGCUAUGGCUAGAUGUGUUCCAAAAGUUCAAGGCAAAUGGCAUGAACGCUGUCAGCAUUUACUUUUUCUGGUCGUAUCAUUCUCCGUUCAAAGGCGUGUACGACUUCACAACCCCUGCAAAGGACAUCCAACAUCUGUUGGACUUGGCAAAGGAAGCGGGGCUCUACGUGAUUGCGCGACCAGGGCCAUAUUGCAACGCCGAAACUAAUGGUGGAGGCUUCGCAUUAUGGACCAGCGACGGAAGUGGCGGCAAGUACAGGACUUCAGAUGAGACUUACCGCCAGGCAUGGUCUGAAUGGGUUGCUGAAGUAGGUGAAAUCAUUGCAAAGAACCAAAUCACCAAUGGAGGGCCGGUCAUUCUAGCGCAAGUUGAGAAUGAGUUGCAAGAAACGGUUUACGACCCAAAAAACACGUUGGUGGUCUACAUGGAACAGCUUAAGACUGCUUUCAAGGACGCCGGCAUUGUAGUUCCCUUGACGCAUAAUGAGAAAGGGUUCAGAUCGAAGAGUUGGUCUACAGACUAUAACAAUGUUGGUGGCGCCGUCAAUAUUUAUGGCUUGGACAGCUACCCCGGUGGCAUGAGCUGCACGAACCUCGAUACUGGUUUCAACCUGCCGCGGACCUACUAUCAGUGGUUCCAGGACGUCUCCCCUACUCAGCCAGAGUACCUUCCAGAGUUUGAAGGUGGAUGGUUCCAGCCAUGGGGCGGUUACUUCUUUGACCAGUGCCAAGCGGAGCAAAGCCCCGAGUUUGCGGAUGUGUUUUACAAAGGCUUGAUCGGGCAGCGUGCUUCACUAUUGAACCUAUACAUGGCAUACGGUGGCACGAAUUGGGGCCAUCUCGCCGCGCCUGUGGUCUAUACCUCGUACGAUUACGCCGCACCACUACGCGAGACACGAGAAGUUCGCAACAAGUUCAGACAAUACAAGCUUCUCGCGCUCUUCACUCGCGUAAGCAAAGGCCUCCACAACACGUUGAUGGAAAGCAAUGGCACUGCAAACGCUGUCGACAACACUGCCAUCUGGACCUGGCAGCUCAAGAACCGCGAUACAGACGCUAGGUUCUACCUCGCGGAGAAUAACAACACUCGCACGCGCGCAGUGACCGACUUCUCGAUAACCGUAAAGACGUCUGCGGGCAAUGUUAAAAUUCCGAGCAUGCAGCUUGCAGGUCGGCAGAGCCGGUGGGUAGUCACUGACUACGAUGUGGGAAACAAGACGUUGCUUUACUCAUCGGCUGAGAUUGCUACAUAUGGUUUAUUCGAUCGACCUGUCAUCGUGUUUUAUACGCGCGAAGGGCAGACUGGAGAGUUCGCUUUCAAGUCGCAACAGAACCUUACUUUCAACACGUACGGCGCGGAGUCGAAUAUUGCGAGCGCACCGACAAACGGCACCUACUCGCGUUUUACGUACACCCAAAAGAAGGGGGCCACAGUUGUAGAGUUUUCUAACGGUGUUCUUGCUUACUUCCUAGAUAUCCCAUUGGCAUACAACUUCUUUGCGCCAGCAACGACUAACGACCCGAACGUCACUCCAGACCACCAGAUCUUCGUACUUGGCCCUUACCUGGUUCGUUCAGCCAGUGCUUCUGGGGGCAAAGUCGCCAUCAUUGGUGACAACGCCAACGCAACCACGAUCGAAGUAUACGCAGGAUCCAACGUCGAUACAAUAACAUGGAAUGGCAAAGAUCUCACUACAUCGAAGACGCCAUAUGGGUCUCUGACUGCCAAUCUCGCUGGAACUGCAGAUCGAACAAUCAAGCUCCCAGCCCUAUCAAGUUUCAAGGCCGCAGAAUCCUCACCGGAGACCCAGCCCUCAUACGACGACAGCAACUGGGUCAUCGCAAAUAAGACCACGACGCUAAGCCCCGUGAAGCCCCUUACCCUGCCAGUCCUCUUCAGCAGCGACUAUAAGUUCUACGCCGGCGCCAAAAUCUACCGCGGGUACUUCUCCGGCAAAACCGCAGCUUCCCUCAACAUCACCGUGCAAGGCGGUGCAGCCGCAGGCUGGAACGCAUGGCUCAACGGCCAACCAAUCGGUUUCCAGCCGGGCAACGCAUCGCUGACUUCGACCACCGCCCUGCUAUCUUUCAAAAACAUAACGCUCAAGGACACAGACAACGUCGUCACUGUCAUAACAGACUACACAGGCCACGACCAAACCUCCACCGGCCCCGCCGGCGCCGAGAACCCACGCGGUAUUCUAGGCGCCCAGCUUCUCAGCGCAAACGCAACUAAACUCUCCUUUUCGCAGUGGAAAAUACAGGGUAACGCUGGUGCGGAUCGGAAUAUUGAUCCUGUCCGCGGUUCCUUGAAUGAAGGCGGUCUCUAUGGUGAACGGCUCGGGUGGCAUCUCCCCGGCUUCGAUACUUCGGGCUGGGAAAGUGCGAGUCCGGUGAGCGAUGGGGUCACGGGCGCGGGAAUCCGUUGGUUUACGACUUCUUUCUCUCUUGAUGUCGACGACGAUCUCGAUGUUCCUGUUGGUAUUGAGCUUGGCGCUGUAAAAGGCACGGUUGCAAGGGUCAUGAUCUUUGUGAAUGGGUAUCAGUAUGGCAAGUACGUGCCGCAUAUUGGGCCUCAGACGCGCUUCCCUACCCCUCCGGGCAUUCUUAAUAUGCGGGGGGAGAAUACGCUGAGUGUAGCGAUGUGGGCGCAGACAGACGCUGGUGCUAAACUGGAUACGCUGAGGUUGUUCGAGGUGGGAGGAUAG